AUGGCAGCUAAAGGAGGAAUGUUCUCAGCAUUCGCUGAUGAUGAUGAUGAACCACAACAAAAAGUAGUUCAACAAAAGAAACCCGUCGCUCAAGUUCAACCAAAGCCACAAGAGCAAAAGCCAAAAACCGCUGUCCAAAAGCCAAGAGAUUAAGAUCUUGGAGAUUUCGAUGGAGUCACUGGUCAAGAAACCAGAACUAGAGGCGGUGCCAGAGGUGGUCGUGGAGGCGACAGAGGUGGUCGUGGUGGCGACAGAGGUGGCAGAGGCGGCUACAGAGGUGACAGAGGCGGCUAUAGAGGCGGCAGAGGCGAAAGAAGAGAAGGUGAAGAAGGUGGCUACAGAGGUGGCAGAGGCGAAAGAAGAGAAGGUGUAGAAGGCGGUGAAGAAAGACCAAGAAGAGGAGGCCGUGGAGAAAGAAGAGAAGGCGAAGAAGGCGGUGAAGAAAGACCAAGAAGAGGUGGCCGUGGAGAAAGAAGAGAAGGCGAAGAAGGAGAAGAGAGACCAAGAGGCAGAGGUGGAUAUCGCGGUGGCAGAGGCGGCCGUGGAGAGAGAAGAGAAGGCGAAGAAGGAGAAGUUAGAUAAGGUGACGAUAACGAGAGACCAAGAGGCAGAGGAAGAGGUAGAGGCAGAGGCAGACCUCAAGGUGAAGGUGAGAAUGCUGAAGGUGAUGAAGGUGUUGUCUACGCUCAAAGAAAGGAAAAGGUUGAUUACGUUGGAAGAGAAGAUCACUUCCAAGGUAAAAAGAGAGAGGAAUGGCACCCACUUGACAGAAAGUCAGGCACUGGAAGAGGCAGAAGAGACGUUGCCAAGGAAGGCCAUGGAAGAGGAAACUGGGGCAAGCCAGAAGAUGAGGUUAAGUAAACCGAAAAUGCCGAGGAGACUCCAGUUCAAGAAGGCGAGGAGACCAAGGUUGAGGAAACUCAAGAACCAAAGGAAGAGGAAAAGGUUGAAGUUAGAGAAGAAGUUGAAGAGGAAGAGGAGAAGGGUCUCACUCUUGAAGAAUUCAGAGCCCAAAGAAAAGUUGCCAACAUUAAGAAAGAAGCCAGAAAGCCAGAGGAAAACAAAAAGGCUAACAUUGAAAAAGCUGACAGACAAGGAGACAGAGUCGUCGGCAUCCAAAGCUCACUCAAGAACCAAGAACUCUACAGCAUUGCUAAGGGUGAAAACGUUGAACUCCUAGGAUUCCAAGGUGGUGAAGAUGAAUUCUACCCAAGAGAAGAAAGAAGAGGUGGAAGAGGCGGUCGCGGUGGAAGAGGUGGCCGUGGAGGAAGAGGCAGAGGAGAUGCCGGAAACCAAGGUGCCAGACCAGCCAGAGGACAAAACCAAUUGAAGUAUGCUGAUGAGGAUUACCCAUCACUUGCUUGA